AUGGCGCUCAUCGCCAUGUUGACCGUGUCAGUUUUGGGGGCCACCGGCGAGGCGGCGUUGAUUGGCUAUCGGCAGGGCCGCAGCGCGGCGCCCCAGCGCGGCUUUCCCCGCAGGCUCUUGGAUGCCAAUGACGGCGGCGCCACAGACGUUUUCAGCAUCUUCGGCUUUCCGCUUCUGGGCAAGGGAGCCGACGGCUGGGGGCAGGCCGCCGCGCCCGCCGCCCCUGCACAGCAGCUGCAGGCACCCGCGCCAGCUGCUCCUGAGCCUGCUGGCGGCAAGCCCCUGUUUACGGUCAAUUGGGGCCCCACCCCCGAUGAUGGCGUGAAGCCCCUGCGCGCCCCCAGUAACCUGGGCAUGGGCUGGAUGGGCUACACCUCAUACCGCGGCAACGGCGGCAGGCACAGCGCGGGCGCGCGCGGGCACUAG